CAGCAAUUCACCACCAGUCCAACAACGCGAGUUGAACCGAAUGGACGUUCUUGUCUAUCGUUUUUUUUUUUAUUUUUUUUUUCUAUUUAUUUAAACAAUUUAUGAUUUAUUGUUAGUAUUUCUAAACAUCAAGUUGACAUAGAAAUAAGUUGAUAAUUUUUUUUCGAAAUUUUUUUGUAAUAUUACUCUUACUGUUGAGAGUACUUUUAAUUUAUUGAUUAUUUAUCAUUUUUUUGAUAUCGUUUAAUAAUAUUUUAUAAGGAAUUUCAUUGAGCUGAAAAAGACGGGUUCAACUUAUAUUCUUAUUAUUUAUUUUGUGAAUGAAGAAUUGAGUUCUUCGGAUGGAAAAAUCUUCGAAGCGUGUUAAAUAUCGUGUUGAUGGGUUGAUCAUUGCAUCACUGACUUAUUAUCCUAGUCUUGCUUGAUGAUAAUACAUGCAGAAUUCCACUAGCAACAAUUUAAACAAUAAGAAAAGCCGAGAUAAAUGAAUGAUCCAAACAACAACAACAAAUUUCAACAAUGGAGUCAACAAAAAAUGAAAAAGAACCAGAAGAUUUUGUGACUGUUGUCAGUGUUGAACAGCCAAAAGUUGUUGAAAGUUUUGUUACUGUAUUAUCAAUUGGUACAAAAAAUCAAGGACAAACAAAUAGCAAUGAUAAAAAUUUAGAUGAAGAAGUUGAAGUAUACAGAUUACCAGGUGAAAGACUUGGUUUUGGUCUUAAAUUUGAGGGUGGUAAUAAAACAGCUGAAAAAGUUAGAAGAUUAUUUGUACAAAGUUGUGCUGAACAAAGUCCAGCAAGUAGAGUUAAAUGUUCAUGGGGAAGUUUAGGUGAAAGAGAUGAGAUAUUAUCAAUUGAUGGUGUACCAGUAAUACACAUGAGUCGUUUAGAUUGUGUACAAAGACUAAAAGAAUCACAACUUGUUAUUAAAUUACUUGUUAGACAUCAAGGUGCACUUAAGCCAGAAAUAAUAAAUGCUGAAAGAAAAUUACAACCAGAAAAAUGUAAAAUACCACCAGAAUUACCACCAAUGCCACCACCAGUACCACCAAGAAAAUUAAGACAAGCCAGAGGCUCAGCAGAUGGUGAUGCAAAUCCAAGUCCUGUUAAAAAACAUAAUCAAUUGAUAAAUGGUCAACGUGGAGCCAAUAAAUCCACUAAUAUUGAUGCUAAUAAUAAUAGUAAUUUAAUUAUAUCCAAAGAAAUAACAACAGACGUAAUAAAAUUAAAAAAAGAACCAACAGAAGCUAUGAAUUAUCUUGAUGCAACAUCUCAAGAUGGAUCAAGUACACAUGGAAGUACCUCAGAUGAUACUGCCAGUUCAAAGUCAACAGUUGUUGAUAAAUUGUCAAUAUGUGAUAAGCUAUCAUUGUCAUCAACAACAUCAGAUAUUAUUAAUGAAUUAUCAUCAAAUGAAUCACAUAAAUUACUUGAAUCAUUUGAACAACUUGAUAAUGAUUUUUGUACAAAUCCAGAUUAUUUAUUAAAACGUCUUGUUAAUUGUGAAACAAAUUAUACGGAAAUUAAUGAAAAAACUAAAAAUAAUGGAAUAACAGAAGAGACAACAUUGACACUUCAACCACCAAUUAAUUUUCAAGAUAAUCCAUAUAGUCAAGAUAAAGCAAAUGAUAUUUAUUAUACAGCUGAUCUUGCUGCUGAUUCAACAACACAUUUUCGUCCAAUACGUGAUGAUGCAUCAAUUGUUGAAUGUGUUAAUGGAGAUGUUACAUUUGAUACAACAAAAGAGACAUUAAAUUCAAUUGAUACGAAAAAUUUUGCACCACCAUUACCAGCAAGAAAUCAUAUCAAUAGAAUUUCAGUUAAUCAAAUUAAUGAUGAUACAAAUGGUGAUAAAAAAAUUGAUACUGAUGUUAAUAUUGAUAUGCCAAUACUUCCACCAAAACCAUUACCAAGAAAAGAUUCGAAAUUAAAACGAAAAAGGCUACCACCACCACCUCCACCACCGACUGCACCAAGGAGAGAUAUUCCACCACAAGUAUCAGCUAGAAAUUUAGAUUUAUGUAAAACGAAAUUACAUGAUACUCAACUAGAUGUUGAAGAUAAAUUAAAUGACAACAAGGUCAACGAUGAUAAUAAUAAUAUUAUUGAUAAUAACAACAACAAUGUUCUUGUUGAUGAUGAUGAUGAUAAAAAUAUAAUGAUAAAUAAUGAAAAAAAUAAAAAUAAUUCAAUUGAAAAUUCAUCAAUGGCUAUUGAAUUAAAUAAUAAUGAAUUAAUAUUUAAUGAAAGUUUAGUUACAAAAAAAAAUAAUGAUACAUCAAUGUCAAUUGAUAAAAAAAUUGGUGAAAGUCAAAAUAAAAUAUUUAAAAAAAAUAAUACACUUGAAAUAAUUGAAAUGAAAAAAAUGAAAGUAUAUAAUGAUUCAUCAAAAAAUAAUAAUAAUUUUUUGCAAAUUUCACCAUGUCAAGUAAUCAAUGAUGACAACAAAGAAGAAAAAGAUGAUGAUGAUGAUAAUUAUAAAGAAAAUUUGAGUAAAAAAGAUGCUGUUGUUUUUGUGCCAGCACCAAGAAAUUCGAUUAAAAUGUUAUCAUCACUUUCGUCAUUAUCAACAACAUCAUCAACAUUGGAAGAUGAAGAUGAAGAUGAUGGAGAAAAAAGUGAAGAGAGUAUUGAUGUGUGGGAAGAGGCAAGAGAUGUACAAGAUGAUGAUGAUGAUAAUUUAGCAAUAAUAAAAACACAUGAUAUUGUUGAUGAAGAAAAUUAUGAAUCUUUUGAUACAAUUGAAGAUGAAACAGAAAUACCAAGAGUUAUUUGUGUUUUAAAAGAUAUUCAUGGAAAUGAAGAAGUUGAAACGAGAUUUGACAGUGAAGGAGAAGAAGAAGAUGAUGAUGAAGAAGACAAUGGCGAUGAUUACUACUGGCAGAGUAAUCUUGCAACUAUUGGCGAAGAGGAGGAGACGAAUUCUCUUGAAUAUACUAGUGUGAACAAAGAAUUAGAUGUUGAACAUGAAGAAAUUAAUUUGGUCAAUGAGAAAAUAACAAACGAGGAAUUGAUUGUCUUGGAAAAUAAUCAAAGCAACAUGGAACAAGAUGGUACCAAAAUUCUGAUGCAAAAAGAGCCCGAUAAAAAACAAGAUAACCGCGUGGUAAAUGGUAGGAUGGACAAUUGUGGAGGCGGUCAACGACUGCCCCCGGAUGGGGACGAAUUUCCAGCAGCUUACCAAGAGUUUAGUACAUCAGCACAACAGUAUCAACAGUACAUUGCUACACAACGUAACACAAGUACAAUGACAUCAAAUGGUACAUCACCAUCACCAUCAUCAGCAUCACUAUCAUCAUCGUCAGUUGUUGUUGUUGUUGUUAACCAUGAUGAUGAUCAUCAUCAUAGUAUUUAUGAAAAUAACAAGAAACCAGAAGCUGUACAAUCAAUUGAUCAACAUGAAUUAAAUAAUCAUUCUUAUGGUCCAACAAGUAUCAAAGAUUCAACAAUGAAAAAUACAGAAAUUCUUCAUGAAAAUGAUAAUUUAAAUUCAAUGAAAUUUAUAAAUAAAUAUUCACCAAGAGAUAAUAAAAAUAAUACAAAAAUAAUCAAUGAAAAAAGUUUAUUAUUGAGUGAAAAAAAAAUUGAAAUUUCUGGAUAUUAUCCAAAAGAUGUAAAAGCUAAUAAUCAUGAUGAUGUUAAAGUUGAUAUUUCAAUAUUAAAAGAUUAUUGUGAUAAUCAACCACCACCUUUACCAUUAACUGGACCACCUAAAAUGGAUAAGCCAAUGAUACUUGGUAAAAGUUUAUCAGUUGAUAAUACAAAUAAAAAAUAUUCAAGUGAUCUUAGACGUCAAGAUGAUAAAUCAGAAAAAUCAGUGAGAGAUAAAAUAGCUAUGUUUUCAUCACAAUGUUCAUUAGAAUCACCAUUAUUUCCAAAUACACCAGUUACAAAUACAAUUAAUACAAAUACAACAAAACGUUUAUCGAAAUACAAAUCAUCUGAAGAUUUUUUUAGUGAAGAUCAUAAUAAUUAUUAUAAUAAUAUUAAUCAACAACAACAACAACAUAUGCAACAGGUAUUAAAAGAUCGUACAUUAAGCUCAUAUGAUCUAACAGAUUCUGGAAAAAAUUUGAGCUCAUCGAUAGAGCUUCAGUCAAGUGGAAAUUAUAUCGAAAGAUUGCCGAGUUUGCCAAGAACAUUGCCACCAGAAGAAUCAUUCAACCAUACAUCAAUUUAUUCAAAAGGACAUAUUGAUAAUUUGACCACCCAGAAAUCAAACUUGUUGACUGAUUCAAUAAAUUCAUCAGAUGUCAAAUCAAUUUUUAAUUCAUCCAAGCUUACUUCAUCAUCAGCAACAUUGUCAUCGGCAGUGUCUCAUCAAGAUAUCAGUAAAAUAUCAUCAAUUAAUUUGACAAGAGCUAUUAGUUUUUCUGGUGGUAUAUCACAUGGUAAUACCAAUGAAUUACCACCAACAAAUAAUGGACAAAUAUCAAGAGCAAAUUCUUUAGCUUCAACAUUUAAACGUACCAGUGAAGAUAUGAGAAGAACAAGUCUCAAUCAACUUAUUGAACAACGUAAAAAAGGUAUAUCAAAAUUACGUGGUCUUGUUAUACCAGAAAAAAUUGAUAUUCCAAAUGAUCAACCAAUUAUUGAUCUACCGGAAAUUAAAUCAAGAGACUCAAUUCUCAUACAACAGAGAGCCAAUAUUCAGGACAAAUGGGGCUCACAAAGUUCACUUGCAAGUAAUACAAGUACUCAAAGUAUGCCAAUGAAAACAACAUCAUUUAAAAUUCCAGCACCACAAAUACUUCCAAAAUAUUCACCAGCAUUUAAGCGUAAAAGUCUUGCUGUUUAUGGUAAUUCAACAACAACAACAACAUCACCAGAUAAACAAUCAAAUGUUCAAACAACUCCAACAAUAAUAACGGAACCACCAAAAAGUCUUGAAAGUAUUUACAGUCCAACAAGAAGUGAUUAUAGCUUUGAAUAUGUUUCAAGUGUUUCACCAGAAAAUCAACGUAAUCGUCCAUGUAUAACACAACGUAAAAAUCAUACUGAUUAUGAUGAUUCUGACAAUGAUUCAGCAGUUAGUAGUUCACAAAGUAGUAUAUCACGUGGUUUUAGUCCACCAUCAUCACCAGUACCAUCAGAACGUUCAAAUUUAUCAUCAGAAAGAUCAUAUCAAAUGAUUAUGGAAAUACCAAGAAAUUAUUUAACACCAGAUAGAACAUUACAAUAUAAUAAUAGUAAUAAUAAAACAACACAUUAUACAAAUGAUAAUAUAUAUAAUAAUGAACAAAAUAUGUCAUCAAGUGGUGGUGGUAGCAGUAAUAGUAGUAAUGAUAGUAAUAGUAGUAGUAGCAGCAGUAGUAGUAGCAGUUGUUGUGGUAAUUCAAAUCCAAGAACACCACCACCACCAUCAACAGGAACAGAAACAACAAUUACAACAACUGAACAUAAUUCAAGAUAUUCUGUAAUUUCACAAAGACAAUUGUUAAAACGUUCAAGUAGUACUGAAACAAAUUGUAGUACAUCAUCAACAUUAACAUCAGGCUCACAAGCAAGUGCUGAAUCAUUAUCAAGACGUGUACUUAAACCACAAAGUGUUGAAGCUAUUAAUCGUAAAAAUAUACUUGCAAGUGCAAGAUGUCGUAGUGGACGUGAUUUAAAUGGUUCACCAUUAAUACAACGUAAAUUUUCUGAUGAUGAAAAUACACAUGAUAAUAAAAAUUAUAAAAAAAUACAUGAAAUAAAUGGUAAUAAUAUAGAAAAUAUUAAAAUUGCAUAUAUUACUGAUGUAAAUGAUACAAUUGAUUAUCAAAUUAAUGAUAAAGAUAAUAUUAAAAUUAAAGAAUCAAAAUUAACACCAAAAAGAACACAAUCAUUAUCAUGUCAACCAUCAAUAAAGAACAUAGAUAUUGUUGAAUCAUCAAAUGAUUUAAAAAAUUGGAUAAGAACAGAAGCAAAAGUAUUGAUUGAAGAAAAUAAAUUAAAUUAUAAAGAUAAUGAAUUAUUAAAAAUAGUUCCACGUACAAGAAUACCAAGAACAAGAUCAGCAUUAUGUUUAAAUGAAAUAAAUACAACAAAUAUUAUAACAUCAUUAUCAAAACGUGUACCAUCAAAUGAAUCAAUAAAUAAUGAUAAAAAACAAUUAAUUGAUACAAUAAAUGAUGAUUUAAUAACAACAUUAACAACAAAAAGUCGUUGUAGAGCACCAAUUAAUUUUAAAGAUAGUACGGUAACACGUUCAAGAAGUCAAAUAAGUAUUGAUGAUAUAUUAGCUGGUAAAAAUAUUCCAAAACCAUUACCAAGAUUAAAUAAUUCAUACAGUAAUAGAUUAUCUACUGAUACUAAAAUACCAUUAAAAUAUUCAUCAAAUGAUUCAUCAACAAUUGAGGAUAAAUUAUUUGUAUCAAAAAUACCGACAUAUGGAAAAAGUAAAAUUGAAAUGAUUGAUGAACCAAGAGGAUUUAAUGAAAGAUCAAAAAUUCCAAUACAAAAAUCAUCACUUGCACGACGUAGUUCAAGUGUUACUGAUGUUAAAAAAGCUGUUGAAAAAUCAGAUCAUAUGGAAAAUAAUAAUCAACAACAACAACAACAACAAAUUCAAGGCGGCCAUCAUCAUCAUAGAUUUUCAAGUUUAGAUAGCAGUGUAGAGGAUAAUAAUAAUAAUUGUCAAUCAAUUGGUAUUGAUGUUAUGGAACAAGAAAAAUUUUACAGUGAACAAUUUGGUAGUAUUAGCUCAUUGGCAAGUAGUACAAGUCUAAUAUCACAACAAGAACUUGCUCAAUUAGUUGAAGAAGCAAGUUUAGAAGAAUCACGUGGUUUACAUGAUGUUAUUGUUGUUCUUUUACAUAAAGAAAAUCCAAAUGGUAGUGUUGGUAUAACACUUGCUGGUGGUGUUGAUUGUGAAGCUAAAGAAAUAACAAUUCAUCGUGUUCUUUCACAUUCAAUUGCUGAUAAAGAUGGUAGAGUACAACGAGGUGAUAGAAUUCUCAGUAUAAAUGGUAAAAGUACAAGAGGACUUAAUCAUAGAGAAAGUUUGGCUGUAUUAAAACAACCAAGAUCUGAAAUUGUACUUGUUGUUUCAAGACCAAGAAUUGAAGAAGGAAAUAAACUUAAAACAAGAACUGAAAGUGUUGAAACAAUUGUUGAAGGAUUUGAAGUUAAUGGUGUUGAUGAAAAUAUAUCAUGGGGUCCAGCAACAAAAAUAAAAAUGUAUAAAGAUGGAGCUGGACUUGGUUUUAGUCUUGAAGGAGGAAGAGAUAGUCCACUUGGUGAUCGAGUAUUACUUAUCAAAAAAAUAUUCACUGGUGGUGCUGCUGAAAAAACAGGUGCAUUAACUGCUGGGGAUCAGCUACUUGAAGUUAAUGGAACUGAUGUGACUCGUAUGUCCAGGAUUGAGGCAUGGUCAAUCAUGAAAAAAUUAAAGGAUGGAGAAGUUAGUCUUGUAGUCAGGCACCCAGCAAUCAAGUCAUCGUGAAUAUAGUCAAUUAAUAUAUAUUUUAAAAUUGUGCAAUUAGAUAUAAACAACUAUAACUAUGCUUAGAGCCAUAAAAUAUACGAACUGUAAAUACUUGAAAUGUUUUAUAAAUUUAAAAUUAAACAGAUAAAUAAUUGACAAAGUGUGCUACUUUGUUUGAAGACAUUGAGCAUAUUUUUUGUGCCAAUUUAUACUGAAUCAGUUUAAAAAACAAUAAAUGUAAUUUUUUUUUAAAUAUUUUUUUGAAAAAUAAUAUUAGAAAAUAUAUAUUUAUAUAUUAUUAGAAUAUUUAAUUUGAAUUUAUUGAAAAUAUAUAUAUUAUUUUAAAAAAUAAUACAAUUUGAUUUAUUGUUUAUUAACAAGUGGUCGAACAAUUGAUUAAUUCUUGUUGUUGUUUUUGUUAACAAUUAAUAUUUCAGUAACAAACAAAUCAAGUUAACAUGUAAUUAUGAUAUAUUAUUUUUUUUUUAUUUUUUAAAUUAGUUUAAGGAAAAGAAAUAACAGUGAAUGAAAAUAAUAAUUAAUAGCAAGAAAAUA